AUGCCUGAUCACGAGCUCCUCACCGAUGACUAUGUCGCCAAACUGCUGGCCCAAGAGGCUCAGGACUGCUCGCUGAAGUACUCCGCCAUGGGUCUGGACGCCUAUAAGUCGGCCAAACGCCCUGCAAACCAACCCAAGCCGAAUACCCGCUUCCUAAACAACAUCAUCCGCGAUACCAACAGUCACAACCGGGCGCUUCUCGCCAAGGAGAAGGACGAAUCCAAAGCGCGGCUGCGCGAUCUCGAGCAUGCCGAGCAGGAGAAGCAACAUGCAGAAGAGCGCAAGUCGCAGAAAUCACGGCCUGGACCCCGCGACACUCGGAAGCGCAUGCUUGGUGACAUUGCCGCUAUAAUCGGUGGACCGUCUAAGAGGCGCAGGACCGAGCGCAAUGAUAGACCUGCGAGCAAUGCCUCAGAAUGGGCACAGUUCGCCGACAGCAACGACUCCGAUCGAAGAAGGAAGACUGCAGGUCAGGGCCAGAAGCGCGAAACGGAAAGCAGCAACAUGGGCAAGGAACUCUUCUCGGAAUCACCUGGAAACCGCCAUCGUAGCCGUCAUCGGGACAGAGACAAUCCAUCUGGCAGAUCCAACUCACCAGUAGGACAUCGAAGCCGAAGGCAGCGAGAACGUUCACCACGGCGCAAGGGGGAUCUGUUUGACGAUCGCGGACACUCUGAUAGGGGAAAGCGCCUCGAAACCGCUCCAUCCGAUUCCAAAGAAGACUCCUCCGACUCCGACCCUCUCGAAGACAUCAUCGGCCCAGCACCUCCCGACAAGCCUACUGUGCGACGCCGUGGACGCGGCGCUAAUUCCGCUACGUCUGGCAUAGAUAGUCGAUUUGCGCCUGACUACGACCCCACGACCGAUGUCACUCCAGAGCCCGAGGAUAUCGUUGGGGACUGGGACGAUGCGGUCGAGACAUUCCGCGAUCGCCAGAAGUUGAAGCAACAAGGUGCGGCUAGACUCCGUUCCGCAGGCUUCACCGAGGAUCAGGUCCGAAAAUGGGAGAAGGGCGAUCAGAAGGACGAGUCAGACGUGCAGUGGAACAAGCGAGGAGGCGUGAGGGAAUGGGACCGCGGCAAGGUGGUCGAUCAAGACAGAAGCGUGGCCGUCAAGGCGGAAUGGGGUCGGCUAAAAGACACGUAG